GAUUAUCUUAUUUUGGAGUUUCCGAACUACGGCUGCGGUUUUCAUCGCAGAUUUAUCAUUUUCUCUCUCCUCAAUCUCUCUCUUCUUUACACCGGAAAAUUUUCGCCGAUUUUACCCUGGAGAUUUUGGUUUUGAUUGAUCGAUUAUUCAUCUGAGAUUUCUUGGAAUUUUUGUUACCAUUUGACGAACUUUUAGCUUUUGAUCUAGGGAUUUGGAUUUCAUAAUUUAUUAAUUCGAUUAAUUUUGUUAAAAUUGUGCCAUUUUUUGGUGGAAUUUUCGAGGAAUUAAGGUGUUAGGGUUUUGAAUCUUGAUAAUCGGAGCAGAAAUGGCGGACUCGAAAAGGCAAGAAUCGAUGAACAGCGACAGAAUUAAUGGAGAAGAUGAUUUCCGACGAUUUAACAGCGAUGAGAAUGUUGAAUCGGAAGAAGCGAGUUCGACGGUUAAAUCUUCGGUCGGAAAUUCAACGGCGAAUGGUGAGAGUAAUGGAUCAGCAAGUUUGGCGGAUCGAUUGGGAGAGAUUUUAGUUGAUGAAGGUAAUGGAGACCUUUUGCUUCAACAGAGUGAUAGGGAGAACAAUUUUUUGCAGUGGCUUCAAGCUUUGGAUGUGCAACAUAUGGGCGCUUGUCGUGCCGAUGAGAGGUUGAAGCCGUUGUUGAAGGCGAAUGCUUCUUCCGGUGCCGCCGAAGAUCGCCUUCUCUCUCAUCUCAGCCAGCACUUUGAAACAUCUGAAGUUGGGCUGCUUGCGAGGUGUUUGUGUGUUCCUCUUGUUUCAAUGCGAGUUGGGAAGGUGCUCAAGCAAGGAUCAAUGUUGUGUCCAACUUCUGCGAGGGGAAAUUUGAACCUCACUCUUCUUCCAUCAUCUGAUUUGCGCAUCUCAUUUGUGGGAGAUAAUGGCCAAACUGAAAGACUGGCGACAUUAAGUGAUACAUCUGAGUCUUCUGCUGUGAUAGUUGAGGAAAUACCUGCAGAUCAGUCCGGUCGAUCUUUUGUGAUGAAGCUUCCUGAUGGAGAACCUUUUUACUUUUGGUGCUCUGAGAAAUCAAAAUUACUUGGUAGUGACUUGCUUUGGAAGAUGAAGGAUUUGCUGAAGAGGAAACCAACAUUGGCUGAAUUAACUGGCAUCAGUGAAUCGCGUCUUGAGUGCUUUGCAACUCACCUACGCUCCUAUCUUGUUGGUCCCAGUGUCAACAAUUUUCAAGCUUCUUCCACUGCUUUGUCUGCUCCCUGGACCGACAAAAGAUCAGAUAACUUUGAAGUAGGUCUGAACGCUCAUUCUUCAUCAACUGCUGUGAGGCCUCUUCGUACUAGACUGUGUAGUGGUCAAACAGUGAAAGGGCACACACAAUAUCUAGGAAGCCUGAGCCCGCGGCCCAGUUCGUUUAAAGAAGGUUUGCCAAGGGUUCUGACUUCCUUGAGAGUUACCUCAAGAGAGAAACUAAGGCGACGUGGAGACCUCCAUCUUCCUGUUGUUGACAGCUCAUUCAUGAAUGAGCCAGUUCUGAAUCUUUCUGACAAGGGCAAGUCUUCUGAAGCUUUUGCAACCAACACAGUUUCUCCAGUGAGCUUUUUGGAAUCACUUGGGAAUGGCUGUCUUCCGGAGUCUUCAAGCGCAACAACUCAAAUCCCUCCCAUUGGCUCUCUAUUCUCCCCCUACUACUGUUGGUGUCCUCCCUGCACUUCUCCAUCUGUGGCAUCAAUUUCCAAACUUCCGACUCCGUAUGUCGAACCAUUCUCACUACCACCACUCUCCACUCUAUUACCAGCCACAGGAUCCCACAGCAUGCUCUCACAAAUUCCGCCACUUGACUUGGCAAGUGUUCCAUCUCUUGAAUUCCCUGCUUUCUUGUCAGAUCCUUUGUCAAGGCUUUCCUUUUCUACGCAAAACUCACAGUUUCAAUCCUUUACACCCCUAAUGUGUGACCCAAUUGUGCACAUUCCUGUUGUCGAUGUUUGCUCUUCUGGCCAAGGGUAUUUGGUGAGCGCAGGGCCUGGUAUUGCGACCAGCAUACCACCAUUGUAUCCCAAAUUGGUUGGUCCAAUGAUCUCUGAGAGUGAAUCAAUGGUGGACGAAGGUGCAAGGGAGACCUUGAGGUUGUUGCUUGGAAGCUCAAGCAGCCAGUCCUCUGCCUCUUUGAUGGGGGUUUUUCCUGGUGUUCUGAAUGAUAAGGACAAGCAAGGUUUUGUUGUUGCUGGAAGCCGAGGUCUGUACAGUGGGAUCAGUGAUGUUAAUGCCAUUGUUAACAGCUUUGCAGCAGUGGGACUAACAUCAGUUACUGAAAGGUCUGCAAGAACUGUCGGCUUGAGGAAUUUUGGUAAAACCACUGCUACAGAUGGUCUGGAGCAUACUUUUAGCAGUGCAGAUUUCCAGGAUUCCACAUUUAUGUCCAGUGAGGAGGAAAUGGAUUGAUUGACAAGUGAGGAUGAUGAUCCUUUUUGCUUGCUUCUCUUGUAUUCCUGUAUUUUGGACCUAGAAUGGCUAAAAGAAAUGUAGAUAUAAACAUAGAUUCUAGGUUUUGGCGCUCUGAAAUGUAAUUACGUGUCUCUUGUUCAACCCAUUUUGUUGGCAAACAUUUAUGUGAAUGAAUGUAAAUGGUUUUGUAUGUCAAUAUGGUCCUUCAUGUAUAUUUCGCGUACACAGAUUUAA